AUGGAGAAGGUGUCUAUUCUGCACGCAUUUCCGAAUGGGUCGACGUUUUUGGCGGAUGCCCCCUCCUCUAUCCUGCGGCACGCAGUCGGGGCGGCGGGCCAGCAUGGCUCUAGUGACGCCGCCUGGGAUAAAGUCCACGAGGCGUUUAUGAAUGCGCUGUCGGCGUCGAUGACCUCCGCCCCGUCCUGGGCCCACGACGACGGUGAGAGGAAGGAGUUAACUGUGAUGCGUGUGGUACCCAUCACCGGCUCGGCGAGUUUUCACAGACGCCUCCUCGCAGAUUGCGAAGCGUACUGUCGCCUGUGUCGGCGUCUGCAGCAUGCCGUUGAUUGGCUUCUUCUGAGGCCACCAACGCAGAAGAACAGGAACAGCUCCACCGUAGCGCCUUCCCACGCUUCUGAUGUGGAUUGUCUCUCUCAUGUAGUUUACCCAACGGAUCCCGCGGCGUUCCUGACAGCUGCCUUUGCGUUGCCAUUGCUGGUCGCCGUUACCUCAUCGUUGCCGGAUGAUGAGGAGCAUGCGGCAAACGGAGGGCAGGAUGGAUCGCACUCUUCGGAGUCGUCGCGAACUGUGCCGUACUGUUUCUUCUACAAAUGCCCGGGACAACGCUUGUGGCAAAGUGAUGCUGCUGGGACUCAUUCCCGUGGUAGUUAUGGCGACGAAUGCGCUUCGGAGGGGCCCAGACUGACUCUAAUGGAGCGCGUCACCGCCGUCGCCAACGUGGCUGGCGUAUGUGGGUGUGUCUCCCCGCUUCACAGCGCACUGAGUGUGCGCAACCGCGCCAAGAUUGGGCUCACGCUCGCGGCAUAUUUGGAGGGUUGCCUGCCUCUUUCGGUGACUACCAGUGACGGAGGCGCACCAGAGACCGUCGCGACGGCGGGAGAGGAUCCGUUUUCGCGCUGGCAGGACGAUAUACUCUGGCGCCUGCUCGGGUUGCUGGUGUCGGCGCUGGCUGUGGUGCACGCGUCCGGGUUUCACUUCUGCGGUGAGCUCUCCGCAGACGACGUCCUCUGCUUCGCGCUGCCCGACGACGACGACGACGACGGCGGCGGCAGCAGCGCCGUCGCCCAAUACGCGCCGUGGCCGGAGAAGAAUCGGGGUCCCAAGUCCAUUGGCCAGCGCCUCAACGCGUGGGUGAAGGGAAAUCAACGAGGUUGGCUUAUCACAGACGCCACUCCGGCGCACCACGCCUUCUUUAUGUUCACCAUCCUGCCGCGGUCUCUCUUCAUGGAGGAGGCAAAGGCGCCGGCUGACGUGGCGGCGGCGGCGGCGCAGCGGCGCGACACCGCCGCCGUUGGCCGUAUUCUUCUGACUGCUGUGGAGGAGAUGAAGCGGCGGCGCGGGGCAAAGGGGUUGAACAGCUGCUCGGAGCUUCUUUUCGUCGCCGAGCGUAUGGCAGCUGUAGAGGGGGGAGGCGGGAGAAUGCUGGAGUCGGAGGCCCCGGCCCGCCGCUUUUCGCAGCUGCAGGCCGUGCAGCUGCGCACCUACCUCUGGCUGCUGCGUGCCAUUGUUGAGGAACGCGACGCCCAACUCGCCGCUGCCCUUCUGCAGAACAGCAGCGCCGCCAAGAGCAAGGAACCGGAGAUAAUUUCGGCUGCGCCGCCGCCCUCUGAGGAUAGCCGGGCUUUCCUGGAGGAAUUGCGGGAGCGGGACCGUCUACUCAGCGAGCGGGAGAGGAAGUUGGACCGCUUCCUGCAUCUGUACGAGCUGACAGCCGAGCGCCUGGAUGAGCUGCCGGUAAAGCAGGAUAGUUUUGAGUACCUCCGACGGUCGUUGCUGCGCACACCACGCUCGCAGCCCACACCGACGCCGAGAGCGGCACCACGCACGCCGUCGGCGGCUGCGCCCAUAGGGCCGGCAAAGGUCCGGCAGCCGACUGCAAGGCCUACGCGACGCCCGGCGACAGCGGAGUCGUCGGAGACCACGCCGUCCGAUCGUGUCCGUCCCCUGUACGGCCUUUUGCGUUCUUCAAGGGACGACACUGCGGGAGCUGCUUCGGCUUCGACUCCCACAACGGCCACCUCGUCACGCUCCGUGGCGGUUCCGCCGGGCAGGGAACGACGGACAUAUGAUGUGACCCCGCGGCAGGCCGGACUUCGGGCAUCCUCGGAGUCCGCGUCGCGCCGCCAUGUCGUGGCGACGGGCUCGUCGUCUCUGUUGCACCUGAAUUGGAAGACGGUUGGGAGUAUGCUUUUCCGCGAGGGUGUGACUGCCGCGGCGGCGACCGCCAGAUCGCCCCGCGCGUAUCGACCGAAGAGUGUCUUGCCUGGGAACGGUGGCCGCGCCUUUACCGCCCGACCCGAGGCGUCUUCUGCUCUUGCGACGGCAGCAGCAUCGGCAGCAGCGGCGGGAAAGGCGCCCGCAGCACCCUCGCCGGCGCGCCGUGAGCCCUCGCCCGCCGCGGCUGCCUCUAGCGAGGAGCGGGCGCGACACCUGACGCCCUCGCGGGGCCAAGCGCGGGUGUCCGUCCUGCUCUCUCCAGACGUUUCCCCGCUGGCGCGUGUGGCAGACGACAACUCCUCGUUCCUUCUCGCCACGGGAUACAAGACACCCCCGCGCACAACCUCCAUCACCACCCCGCCGCGGUCACGCGGUGACGCGGCGUCUAACGUGUGGAAUAGGCUGUCGACGCCGCACUCGACGAGUGGCACAACGCAGGCAGCGACCCCGAGGCACACGCACGAGAAGGCUUCUUUACGCUACGAGCGGGAGCCAAAAAUGAGCCCUGCCUCUGAAUUGGCGCUCAGCCCAGUCUCUGAGCACUUGUCAGGCACCACCCCGAGGAACAAGGCGUCAGGCUACAGCCCCUCGUUGUACGUGGCGCCUCCCAAAGCGGCGACUAAUUUAUUCGCAACGCCGCCCUCGGCAACGAAACGGGGCAAAACACCCGGCUUCGGUGCGCAGAGCCCUCCAAUAAAGGGCGACAGCAGCGUUCAGGUGAUACAGAUGCACGACGACAGCGGUGACUCGUUCUGCUUGGACGCCUCUCGCGAAGCACCGCUUGGGCGGCAGCGCGGCGACGGCGUCAGUGGGUCUAACAGUGGAAAGACGCGGACCCCAGUGGCCCGCUCGCUCGAUACUACGCAGCGGCUUGCCUCAAGCGGGGACACGCCCGCCUCGAAGUACCUCAAUGGCUCCGACAACUUUGCGGGGGGGCGGCAGCCCGGCACCUCUCAGCAGAGUACACCCAGGCGCCCCCAGUCUCGCCUCCGCAAGGAGCGGGAGGAAACCGCGACGCCUCGCACGUCCCGGCCGCGACUUGCCAACGAUGGCUGGGUGGACCACAAGCUCGAGGCUCUUGAGCAGCUGCGCUACGACUUCCAGCAAUCGGAGCAUGCCAAGGGUGCACGGAGUCCGCCCAGAGGCGAGGCAUUUGCCAGAAGCGCCAGGGAGCCGAACGCUGCCAGCGGCUGGGGGGCGUCCACGCUGCCGGCAGAUGGCGGGAAAAACGGGGGAACCUCCGCGUGGGGCAGCAGGAGCGGCCAGCCCGCCGCGCAAGCCGCCAGUAACGGUGCGAAACGCAUGUACUGA